AUGUAUCAUGAUAUGCUUCCUGGAAAUUGUUCCAAAGUGAACGAUGAGAACGAUCCGGGGCAAAUUCGGAAGAGAAAGCUGGCACUGUUCCGCUCCUUUCCAAUUGAUUGGCAGGGAGAUUUUAACAAUUCGCGAAAUGAUCCGGCGAACGACAAUAAUAUUAUGUGGAAGGAUAUUGUCAGUUGGAUGACAGAGAAGAAAAGAACAGUGGACAGGAAGAGACUUAUGCAGGAAAGUUCUCCCCGUCGAACUCGACCUGGUAAUCGCACAGGCGGUAGAGGCCUUCACCACAAUGGUUUUCGUGGUGGUCGUGGUCAUGGUCGACCAAGCAAUGGUUAUCAACCAUAUCCAAGUCCCUCGAGCUCUCCAAGAUAUUCUCAAGGGACUUCACAAAGUUUUCAACGUGGAGGCAAUUCCCAGCAACAGAACCAAGGACGAUUUCAACCAAGACACCCCAACAAUGGUGGCAGAGGCCGUGGAUUCAAUGGCCAGCAUGGUGGACGCUCCCAAUCUGGUCGUUUUCAGCCAGGACAAAACUAUCAAGGCAGAGGCCAAUCACAUCAACAAAACAGUCAAAAUCUCUAUGCUGAGUUGCACUACAAUCAAGAAGCUGAAGGCUUUGCUGGUUCCGGAAUGGAACCAAGACGGAAUGUCUUAUGGCGGAAUGCCAAGUGCCGAGCAGUACCAGCAUCAGGAACAAUAUUAUCAAUUGGUGGAGAAGUUUUGAUCAAGAAUACUGAUGGAAGAAAGUUGGAUCCAAAAUAA